AUGAGCACUACGAAUCCGUCCCCCUCUACUCCGGCAGGUGGUCACAUCGGAGACGUCACAGACCUUAGCCUCAACCACCCUCUACCCUCCGCCAACGACCCUUUCAUCCUCACACCCACACCCGGAACAGUCGUUAGUACCAAUGCGACUACAGAUCCGGCAACCGCCGCAAGAAUGGAAAGCAUGGCUCGCGACCUAGCCGAGUGCCAGCAGCGCGAGGUACUGGAACGUGAGAAAGCAGCAGCUCUCCAGAGCGAACUUGACAGGAUACGGACACAGCUUGAACGGGCUGAGCGCAGUCAUUUACAUGAGGAGUCAAAUCGCGAGGGCAGCGCGCAAACAAGAGGACGAGAACAAGUUCGCUUAAGUAUCAGCUUGACCCCCUCCGAACUCGCCAAGAAACGGCCACCAUCACCACGGCGUAUCCAUAACCGUGAGGAAGGAAGCACAAGCGUCACCUCUCGCUCCAGACCCCCCACAGCUGCUCACAACAGCGAGUCUGCCACGCUAGCCCUGAUCUUGCAGCGGCUAACAGCGAUAGAACAACGGGAUGCCAAUCCACGGUGCCAACCAGUGUUCGCCGCCAGGCCAGGCCCAUUCACUACGAGGAUAAUGAACACCGUGCGUCCUUCUCAAUCCAAGAGCCCAAAAAUCACGCCGUACACAGGUGAAGGCGAUCCAUUCCGGCACAUUGAUAACUUCAAAAAAGUCACUGCCAGUAGAGAAUUCGACGACGCCACCUUAUGCCACCUAUUCAGCGAAACCUUAGAUGGGGAUGCCAUGAAUUGGUUCUUUGAACAACCAGCGAACUCCAUGGAUUCCUUCGCGCAGUUAACCACAGCAUUUCUGAAUCGGUUUAUACUCAUGGCCGGGGCCGCCCACACAACUGACGGCCUAUUUCAAGUAAAACAAGAGAGCAGGGAAACAUUGGGCACCUUCGUCAUGCGAUGGCAGACGGCAGCAUCCAGAUGCCGGAACCUGAACAAAACGCUCGCCCUGGCUGCUUUUAAGGAAGGACUACGGUCAGAGAACUUCUUGUUCCACAUUAAUGUGGACCCUCGAAUGCGCGGCGCCACAUACGAUGACAUCAUGACUGAAGCAGUACGAUACGCUCAGGCAGAAUACGUCACAUACGGAGAGAAGCGAACCCCAGUACCAUCAGACAAAACUACUACGCCGCAGACAUCUGUACACACAGUCCCCCUCCAGCGCGAGCUCUUCCCAAACAUAGCAGACCAUAGCAAAGGCAGGAAGAGAGAGUGGCAUCAAGCCAAUCACCGUGAUGCGCGUAACAACGAUCGGCACAGGGGCCGGGACAGGAACAGAAGACUUGACCAGGAACGUCGCGACAACAGAGACCCCCGCCAAGUUAACGCGAUGGGACGCCGUAGUGACCACACACUGCCUAGGGAAGAGACCCUGGAGGACUUUUUUCACGCACAUCAGGACACGUUGAGGAAACCAGCAAGACCGCUACGCCCCCAAACCGAAGCGGAAACUGGUAAAUGGUGCAGAUUCCACGAAAAUGGAAGUCAUAACACGAACGAUUGCCGCACCCUCCGCAUAUUAAGAACCAAUGGCGACACGGGAAUUCGCCCGGCGCAACAGAGGGUACAACAGAAUGUGGUUGCCGCAGUCGAGACCCUACGCCGCAUCAACGUUAUAGAGGGAGGAGCCCCGAAGACCAACUUGUCCAACCGAGCAAAAAAGCGCCUCGACCGCAAUAAUCACCCAAGACAGGUGUAUGCCAUCACAGGAGGAAACGUUAAACGACAGAAAGAAGGAUGGAAACCGAUCACCUUCACUGAGGACGAGGAAAUUGGCAUCUCCUUACCCAAUGACGACGCUUUCCUCAUAGACGCAAUCCUGGGCGGACAAUGGGAUGUAGGGAAGAUGAUGAUCGACACGGGAUCUGCAGUCAACGUCCUAUUUAAGGGCUGCUACGAAAAAAUGGAGCGUAGCGGCAAGAAAUUGGUACAAGACCACGAACCGCUAGUCAGCUUCUCUGGUGACAUAACCCAACCCCUAGGUUCGGAUUAUAUGACGGUGUGUAUUGGGACUGCACCAUGCACAGUUUGCGUCGAAGCUGAAUUCAUCAUAGUCGAUGCCUACAGCUCAUACAACGGGAUCAUCGGCCGACCUACACUUAACCGGAUGAGAACCUUUAUCGCAGGACACAUGAUGAUCAUAAAAUUCCCAACUCCGCACGGAACAGGACAGGUCCGGGGUUCACAGUCCGUGGCAAAAGAUUGCCAGACACGUGCAAUUCGACAAACGCGCAACCGACACGAAAUCCUGGCAGUACACGCCACAGUAAACUUAACUGACAAAGUUGUCGACGCACGAGAUGACGAAACGUCGAAGGGAAAGAGCAAGCAGAAAGCUACGCCAUACGAGACAAAAAUCCCGGCAAACCCCGAAUCCUCAUUGAAAAGCAUUACGCCAUUCGCAAGUCAUCCGGAGCGCAGGAUCAAAAUCGGGGCAACUCUCAAUCCCACUGUUGAGAGAGAUUUAACAAGUUUCUUGGGCGACAACAUGGAAGUCUUCGCAUGGUCUUAUGAAGACAUGCCUGGCAUCUCGCCCGACAUCAUCAUGCAUGAAUUGCACAUCAAACCUUCCGCACACCCAAUUAAGCAAAAGCGCCGAAGCUUCGACGACGAAAAAAGCACGGCAAUACGCCAGGAAGUUGACAAAUUAAGAGGCAUGAAGUUCGUCCGGGAGGUACAGUACCCUGAGUGGAUCUCAAACUGUGUUAUGGUACGCAAAGCCAACGGUAAAUGGCGUAUGUGUGUGGAUUACAAGAACGUAAACAAAGCAUGCCCAAAAGACAGUUUCCCCCUACCCAGAAUUGACCAGCUCAUCGAGGCAGUUGAUCCACGGGCUGACUAUGUAGGAUAG